UAGCAGCCCGAGCGCGCCUGGGGACCUCAGUGGAGCGUCCUGUGCACGGCGUGAAGGCACCCGGGGGCCCCAUUCGCCUACCUACACACUUGAGGAAGAAGAAGAAGAAUUUUUGGGUGAUGCUCUGCGCGCCAUCUUGCUCCGGGCUGAGCAAAAUAAGUGUUGUUUUUUUUGCAGUUUUUGUGAAGUGUCCCAAGGGGGAGUCCGCUCCUUCCUGGCGUCUCAGCUGAGGGCCAUCGGCUGUCAUCCCGCACCCAAGAGAGGACCUCAAAGUUUGCAGCCACGAUGAUGUCCUACAUCAAACAACCGCAUUACACCAUGAACGGCUUGAAUUUGCCCGGCCCUGGCAUGGAUGUGCUGCACACCACUGUUGCUUAUCCUUCCACACCCAGAAAGCAGCGGAGGGAGCGGACCACCUUCACCAGAACACAACUGGACAUCCUGGAGGCUCUGUUUUCCAAGACCCGCUACCCAGACAUCUUCAUGAGGGAAGAAGUAGCGCUCAAGAUCAACUUGCCAGAGUCACGUGUGCAGGUGUGGUUCAAAAACCGCCGUGCCAAAUGCCGCCAGCAGCAGCAGCAGAGCAAUGGCCAGUCUAAACCCCGCCCACCCAAGAAGAAGGCCUCGCCGGUGCAGGAGCCCACCAUCCCAGAUCCCGUCCCCAACCCGUCCGGUUCAUUCAGCCCCUCGCCGGUCCAGGUAGGCCCCAGCCUGGCCCAGGGUUCCGGUGGCGGAAACACGGCCGUGUCCAUCUGGAGCCCGGCCAUCUCGCCCCUCCCUGAUCCCCUGGCCUCCUCCACCGCCCCUUGCAUGCAGAGGCCCUCACCAUACCCCAUGAGCUACGGCCAGCCGUCCGCCUACAGCCAAGGCUACGCCAGCACCACUUCUUACUUCACGGGUCUGGACUGCAGCGCCUACCUGUCCCCCAUGCACUCGCAGUUGUCCGGGACCGGGGGCGCCCUCAGCCCCAUCACCGUGCCCUCCAUGGGGGGCUCCCUCAGCCAGUCACCGGCCUCACUUUCUUCACAGGGCUACAGCACCGCCUCCUCCUUGGGCUUCACCUCUGUUGACUGCCUAGACUACAAGGACCAGCAGGCCUGGAAACUGGGCUUCACCACAAUGGACUGCCUGGACCAUAAGGACCAAAACUCCUGGAAGUUCCAGGUCCUCUAGAGAAGCUACGCCUCUUGGCAUGCGUAUAUUAUUAGUUGCCAGGCGUGCGGCUUUCUUGUUUGUAUGAGUUUGAUGUUACUUUAAAAAGGCCGCCAUUUUAGAGGAGACGUUCACCUGAAUACAUUUGGACAACAAACGCCUUUCAACAGUUUGUAGAAAAAGACUGCACAUAGCGACACGGCUCUUUGCUAUUUUAUUUAUUUUGACUUAUUUCUUUGGUUUGAUGUCAUUUGCUUGAUGUUCUUAGGCGUUUGUGUUCAGUACUACAGCCAGUGUUAGCAUUUAGCGGAUCUUCUGUUUUAGCUGUGUGUUAUAUUAAAGCCAUUUAUUCUGGACACGUUUGUGCACUGAUAAUCCUUCGGAGAUUUUAAACCGUGCAGUACACCCAAAUUGGUUAUGUGCUGAUAGACAAAAUAUUAGAUACAGUGCAACAUGUUCAACCAAAUACUGAUAUCGAUUCGAUACAAUAUCAGCACGAAUGAUACAUAGGUUUUACUUAUUUUGUAGUGUGGAGCGUUAGAAAAGGCUUGAUCAGGUGAUAUGUUGCAACUGCAUACUGGUUUUAUUCAGAUAGUCUAAAAUGGACUGUAAAGGCUACUAAUUUGUUGUAUUUACACAUCUGAGUCUCAUUUGCAAGUACGAUAUGCACUCAUUUCAGUUUGUCUUAGGUGUGUUGCCGUAGUCAGGAAGUAGUUUUGGCCAUUCUGCUGAAUUUGCCAGUCUUGUCUAUUGUUGAAAGUGUACAAUGUACAAUCGCCAAUUCUAAUUAGUAGCAUAUAGUACAGUAUAUUCAAUGUAAAUUAGCAUCGAGCUAAAUACAUUUCGCUUAUGCUGAAAUGUCACUGAGAUGUUUUUUUGAAUCUCGUGUAAGGUACAUACAUGACAAACUUUAUUCGUGUAUGUUCAGUUUUACACUGUUUUGAAGUUGGGACUCUUAAAAGGCUCUCAAAUGAAAGACAACCUGAAGAGACGUUAGCGGGAACAGAACAGACUGCUUGUAUCGGAGUUCUUAUAUCGGAGCCUUAUAGAAUGCUGCAGGCUGUUUUUUGCUGAUAUCAAACUGAUGUCAUUAUUGGAUGAAGUGCCCGCUUGUGUCAACGCGGUCAACCAUUUUUGCUGACGUAAAAUCUGAGACCCAAAGUGGUCUUUUCUAUGAAAGUUGACCAACACAUGGAGUCUAGGUCCCACGUGUUCUUUUUGUCACUGAAAAGGGCCCUUUUAAGGUGACGUACAUAUUUUUUUAAAUGUUAUCUAUGGAUUUUAAGUUAACAAAACCUCAAUCUACAGUAAUAUCUACACCAAAUUACUAUAACAUGAAAAACGGUAACACUUCUAUUUUGAUAGUUCAAUUCUGGCGACUGAGCUGCCAAUUUAUUAUAAUCAUAAAAAGUACAGCUUUUUUUGUUUUUGUUUUGUAGUUUGAAAAACAAUACUACAAUUAUUUUUAUGGUAAAAUUAUUGCUAUUGAGCUGCCGUUAUUUUUUUUUACCAUACAAUUUAUGGGUCGUUUUUACAGUGCAUUGUAAAAUGGUAAAACGUACCACUUUUAAUUUGACAAUAAAAUUCUGCCUAGUGAGCUGGCAGGUUGUUGUUUUUUUUACUGUAAAAUCAAUGGUUGUUUUUACAGUGCAGCGUUGUAAAUGGAACAACGAUACCAAUGUUAUUUUUACGGUAAAAUUCUGAUGACUGAGUUGGCAGUUAGUUUUUUAACUGUAGGACCUACAGGUUGUUGUUUUUACAGUAUAUUUUUGUAAAUAGAAAAACAGGACCACUUUUGUUUUUACAGUAAAAUUCUGGUGAUUGAACUGACUGUUUUUUACCGUAAAAACUAGGGGUGUGGGGAAAAAUCGAUUCGAAUUUGAAUCGCGAUUCUCACGUUGUGCGAUUCAGAAUUGAUUCUCUUUUUUUUUUAAAUAAAAAAAAAUGUGAUUUUUUUUUUUUUU